AGUGGCAGCAAUUGAAUUCAAUUGUGACGUUUGAGUUGAGUGGCGUUUAUUUCUUAAUUAUUGUUAGAAAAUUCGGUUGUCGGAAAAUUCUAAAAUUCUGCAAUUCUAAAUAGGAAUAUUUCUCAAAAUAAAAUGGAACCAAUGACAUUAGGAAGCCCUGGCGGUAGUCCAGCUGCAAACAGUCCAUAUUUACCAGCAUUUCUUAUGGGAGAUAAUCAAAUUCCAACAACACCGCGCAACACGCUUUCUCCGAACAAAGGCGCCAGAAACAUAUCGUUUGCAACAUCUCCCAUUUCAAAUACACCGGCUUCUAGUGCCCUUAGUGAUCACAACCGCUUCGCAGUUGGUCAAAAACAUCUAUUUAAUAGCUCCGUUACCGGCAACUAUUCGGGUACUCAGGGUCCUCCUACACAAGGAUUGUUCGAUUCUCUACGUAGCGAGCGUAAUCUCGUGGAAACUCCUACACGUGGUGUAGAAGCGCAAUCACCAAUAGGUUUCGGAACUCCAAUUUCCACUCAACAUAAUACGAGUACUUUCGGAGGCAAUUUAGGUUUCCAACAGCAGCAUAUGCUGCAACAACAGCAACAAUUUCCACUACAACCACCAAACCAAUAUAGUGAUACAUCUUACCUCGCAAAUACAUCAUAUAACACACCACGCUGCAUCACCUCACCUCUAGGACCUCUAGCUACUCCCAAUUCAAAUAAUGUUAUUAAUAAUACGUCAUAUAUGACCCAAUGCCCACCAACGCCACGAUACACGGAGUUUUGGGUCACUAUAUAUGGCUUCCCGCCAAGUGCCAUUUCAACCAUUUUACAGCAUUUUGCGCAAUGUGGCACUAUUGUUGAUAAAGUGUUUCCACCGCAAAACGGCAAUUGGGUACAUCUUAAAUAUGCAUCACGCCUGGAAUGCGAUAAAGCACUCAAUUAUAAUGAAAAAAUAUUAGGUAAUAACAUAAUGAUAGGUGUUACACAGUGCAAGGAUAAAAACAUUAUCGACAAAGAAAACGUGUGCGAGAAUAAUACGCAACCGUGUAAGGUACGUCCACUGGCUCAAACUGCAUAUAAAAGUGCGCAAAAUGAUUCAGCUGUCGAUAAUAACGCAAACCUCCCCCAGAAGAGUUCGGGAUUGGUGAAUAAAGCUCUAGAUUUGUUUUUUGGAUGGUAAAGUAUCCGAUUUUUCACACGAUUACUUUUUAUAAAUCAAAAUAAUGUUUUAUUUGUUCAGUUCAAAAUAAGAAAAAAUCGCUAAUAAAUAUUGUUUGUGUAUUUUUGCCAUUAAUAAAAUUUUUAUAGUAUUUUCUGUAAAUAAAA